GCGGCCGCCGGAAGUAUCGCGAGAGUUGGCGCGGCGGCGGCGCCGGCGCUAGAGGUGACCGAGGCAGCAGCGGCCGCGGGCGCCUCCUCCUCUUUUUCCUCCUCCUCCUCCUCCUCCUUCUCCUCCUUUUCCUUCCUCUCCGGCCAUGGAGAAGGCGGUCGGCGCGGCGGUAGCGGUGACGGCGGAGGAGGGAGGCGGUGAGGGCGGCGGCGGCGAGGCCGGCAGCGCCACAGCGGGGCCCGGUCCCCCGGAGGGGCCGAGCGGCCCCGCCGCGCCCCCGUCGCCGUGCGGGCCCGGGGCGGCCGGGCUGGUGCGGGUGUGCGACCUCCUGCUGAAGAAGAAGGCGGUGCCGGGCAAGGCGAAGCGCGGCGGGCGGGCGGCCCGGCCGGCCAGCAGCAGCGAGAGCGGCGGCGGCGGCAGCGAGAGCAGCAACAACGGCAGCGACGACGAGGAAGAGGAGGAGGAGGAGGAGGAAGACGAGGAGGAGGAGGAGGAGGAAGAGGAGGUCUCCGAGGUGGAAUCAUUUAUCUUGGAUCAGGAUGAUCUCGAAAACCCUAUGUUGGAAACAGCUUCUAAAUUGCUGCUGUCAAGUACUGCUGAUGGUGCUGACCUGAGAACAGUAGAUCCUGAAACCCAGGCGAGAUUAGAAGCUUUGCUGGAAGCUGCGGGCAUAGGGAAGCUGUCCACGGCGGACGGGAAGGCGUUUGCGGACCCCGAGGUGCUGCGCAGGCUGACCUCGUCCGUCAGCUGCGCCUUGGAUGAAGCGGCCGCCGCGCUGACCCGGAUGAGAGCCGAGAGCACGGCCAGCGCAGGACAGACGGACAACCGCAGCCUGGCCGAGGCCUGCUCCGAAGGAGACGUCAAUGCCGUGCGGAAGCUGCUCAUUGAAGGCCGCAGCGUGAACGAGCACACAGAGGAAGGGGAAAGCCUCCUUUGCUUGGCCUGCUCAGCAGGGUAUUAUGAGCUUGCACAGGUUCUCUUGGCAAUGCAUGCCAAUGUGGAGGACCGGGGCAUCAAGGGAGACAUCACACCUCUGAUGGCUGCUGCCAACGGCGGGCACGUCAAAAUUGUCAAGCUGCUGCUAGCUCACGGUGCUGAUGUGAACGCACAGUCAUCCACAGGCAACACAGCCCUGACGUACGCCUGCGCCGGGGGCUACGUGGACGUGGUGAAGGUGCUGCUGGAGUCGGGCGCCAGCAUCGAGGAGCACAACGAGAACGGCCAUCUGGAAAUGGUGAGGUUUCUGCUGGAAGCUGGUGCAGACCAGGAGCACAAGACAGAUGAGAUGCACACUGCUCUCAUGGAGGCGUGCAUGGAUGGUCACGUGGAAGUGGCAAGGUUACUCCUGGACAGCGGAGCUCAGGUGAACAUGCCUGCCGACUCCUUCGAGUCCCCUCUGACCCUGGCAGCCUGUGGUGGGCACGUGGAGCUGGCAGCUCUGCUGAUUGAACGUGGAGCUAACUUGGAAGAGGUCAAUGACGAGGGAUACACGCCGCUGAUGGAGGCAGCUCGGGAGGGCCACGAGGAGAUGGUGGCACUGUUACUUGGGCAAGGAGCAAACAUCAACGCUCAGACAGAGGAGACGCAGGAAACCGCGCUGACCCUGGCUUGCUGCGGAGGGUUUCUGGAGGUGGCCGAUUUCCUCAUUAAAGCGGGAGCUGACAUAGAGCUCGGCUGUUCCACACCUUUGAUGGAGGCUGCUCAGGAGGGGCAUUUGGAGCUGGUCAAAUAUUUAUUAGCUGCGGGGGCUAAUGUGCAUGCCACAACAGCAACAGGUGACACGGCACUGACGUACGCCUGUGAGAAUGGCCACACUGAUGUAGCAGACGUCUUACUUCAGGCAGGUGCAGAUCUGGAGCAUGAAUCAGAAGGUGGAAGAACCCCACUCAUGAAAGCUGCCAGGGCAGGUCAUGUUUGCACUGUUCAGUUCUUGAUUAGCAAAGGAGCGAACGUGAACAGGACCACAGCCAACAACGACCACACGGUGCUGUCGCUGGCCUGUGCCGGAGGCCACCUGGCCGUGGUGGAGCUGCUGCUCGCUCAUGGUGCUGAUCCCACACACAGACUCAAGGAUGGAUCGACCAUGCUGAUCGAGGCGGCCAAAGGCGGUCACACCAGCGUGGUUUGUUACCUCCUAGAUUACCCAAACAACUUGCUUUCUGCUCCUCCACCUGAUGCCACUCAGCUGACCCCACCAUCCCAUGACCUCAACAGGGCUCCUCGAGUACCAGUGCAGGCGCUGCCCAUGGUCGUCCCACCCCAGGAGCCUGACAAACCCCCUGCCAAUGUCGCCACAACCCUUCCCAUCAGAAACAAAGCUGCUUCUAAACAAAAGUCCAGCAGUCAUUUGCCAACAAACAACCAGGAUGUACAGGGUUACAUCACCAAUCAGUCUCCAGAGAGCAUUGUAGAAGAGGCUCAGGGCAAGUUGACAGAGCUGGAGCAGAGGAUAAAAGAAGCCAUAGAGAAGAACGCUCAGCUGCAGUCCCUGGAAUUGGCACACGCCGACCAGCUCACCAAAGAGAAGAUUGAGGAGCUGAACAAAACGAGAGAGGAGCAAAUUCAGAAGAAACAAAAGAUUUUGGAGGAACUGCAGAAAGUGGAGCGAGAGUUACAGCUGAAAACUCAACAGCAGCUAAAAAAGCAAUAUCUAGAGGUAAAAGCGCAAAGAAUUCAGCUCCAGCAGCAGCAGCAGCAACAGUCUUGCCAGCAUCUGGGACUACUGACUCCCGUUGGGGUAGGAGAACAACUCUCAGAGGGAGACUAUGCACGAUUGCAGCAAGUGGACCCCAUCUUGCUCAAGGAUGACCCUCAGCAAGCUGCUGCGCAGACGGGGUUUGCACCAGUUCAGCCUCUGGCCAUGCCACAAGCUUUGCCUCUGGCAGCAGGUUCCUUACCUCCAGGGUCCAUCGCAAAUCUUACAGAACUGCAAGGUGUUAUAGUUGGACAGCCAGUGCUGGGCCAAGCACAACUAGCAGGGCUGGGGCAAGGAAUACUGACAGAAACACAGCAAGGGUUAAUGGUAGCCAGCCCUGCUCAGACGCUCAAUGACACGCUGGAUGACAUCAUGGCAGCAGUGAGUGGAAGAGCAUCUGCAAUGUCAAACACUCCCACCCACAGCAUUGCAACCUCAGUGUCCCAACCUCAGACGCCGACUCCGAGUCCCAUCAUUUCUCCUUCAGCCAUGCUGCCCAUCUACCCUGCUAUAGACAUCGAUGCCCAGACUGAGAGUAACCAUGACACAGCCUUGACGCUGGCUUGUGCUGGUGGCCAUGAAGAGCUGGUACAAACCCUGCUGGAGAGAGGAGCUAACAUUGAGCACAGGGACAAGAAAGGGUUUACUCCGCUCAUUUUGGCUGCUACAGCCGGCCAUGUGGGGGUUGUGGAAAUCUUACUGGAUAAUGGAGCUGAUAUUGAAGCCCAGUCUGAGAGAACCAAGGACACUCCCUUGUCUUUGGCUUGUUCAGGAGGGAGGCAAGAGGUGGUGGAGUUGCUGCUAGCUCGGGGGGCAAACAAGGAGCACAGGAAUGUGUCUGAUUACACACCUCUGAGCCUCGCUGCCUCGGGUGGCUAUGUGAACAUUAUCAAGAUUCUGCUGAAUGCUGGGGCAGAAAUCAAUUCCAGAACUGGCAGCAAAUUGGGCAUUUCUCCCUUGAUGCUGGCAGCCAUGAAUGGGCACACUGCUGCUGUCAAGCUGUUACUGGACAUGGGCUCUGAUAUCAAUGCCCAGAUCGAGACCAACAGGAAUACAGCUCUGACUCUGGCCUGUUUCCAGGGAAGAACUGAGGUGGUCAGCCUGCUGCUUGAUAGAAAAGCUAACGUGGAGCACAGAGCCAAGACCGGCCUGACCCCGCUGAUGGAAGCGGCCUCUGGGGGAUACGCGGAGGUGGGCAGGGUCCUGCUGGACAAAGGCGCCGAUGUCAACGCUCCCCCCGUCCCUUCGUCCAGAGACACAGCUCUAACCAUUGCAGCAGACAAGGGGCACUACAAGUUCUGUGAGCUCCUCAUUAGCAGGGGAGCUCACAUCGAUGUGCGGAACAAGAAGGGCAAUACUCCCCUGUGGCUGGCAGCAAAUGGGGGGCAUCUUGAUGUGGUCCAGCUGCUGGUCCAGGCUGGAGCUGACGUGGAUGCAGCUGAUAACAGGAAAAUAACUCCUCUCAUGGCAGCCUUCCGAAAGGGCCACGUGAAGGUGGUGCGUUACCUGGUGAAGGAGGUGAACCAGUUCCCCUCAGACUCGGAGUGCAUGAGAUACAUUGCAACCAUCACUGAUAAGGAGAUGCUGAAGAAGUGCCACCUGUGCAUGGAGUCAAUUGUUCAAGCCAAAGAUAGACAGGCUGCAGAGGCCAACAAAAACGCAAGCAUUCUUCUAGAGGAACUGGACUUGGAGAAGUUAAGGGAAGAAAGCAGGAGACUGGCUCUGGCUGCCAAAAGAGAGAAGAGAAAAGAGAAAAGGAGGAAGAAAAAAGAGGAACAAAGGCGAAAACUAGAAGAAAUAGAAGCAAAAAAUAAAGAGAAUUUCGAACUCCAAGCUGCUCAGGAGAAGGAGAAGUUAAAAGCUGAAGGUGAUUACUGCAAUUAUUCCAAGGAAAGAAUGAAAUUCGAUGAUCCCGAGGUCCCAAUGGAGCCUCCCAGUGCUACCACCACCACUACCAUAGGUAUAUCUGCAACCUGGACCACGUUAGCAGGCUCUCAUGGGAAGAGGAAUAACACCAUCACCACCACGAGCUCCAAGAGGAAAAACAGGAAAAACAAAGUGACCCCUGAUAACGUGCAGAUCAUAUUCGAUGAUCAGCUUCCCAUCUCCUAUAGCCAGCCUGAGAAGGUGAAUGGGGAGUCCAAGAGCAGCAGCACUAGUGAGAGCGGUGACAGUGACAAUAUGAGGAUCUCCAGCUGCAGCGAUGAGAGCAGCAAUAGCAACAGCAGCCACAAGAGCGACAAUCAUUCCUCCACAGCUGUCACCAGCACCCAGAGCAACAAAAAGCAACCGUCGGUGCUCGUCACUUGUCCGAAGGAUGAGAGGAAAGCAGUGCCUGGCAAGUCAUCCAUCAAGUUGUCUGAAGUUAUUAAUGAAGUGACAAGCAAUUCCUUGUCUACUUGCACAAAAUCCGCUCCUUCUCCCCUUUCUUCUCCAAACGGAAAGCUAACCAUUGCUAGUCCUAAACGUGGUCAGAAAAGGGAAGAAGGCUGGAAGGAAGUUGUGAGAAGAUCCAAGAAGGUUUCUGUGCCAUCAACUGUGAUUUCCAGAGUUAUUGGCAGAGGAGGGUGUAACAUCAACGCGAUCCGUGAGUGCACGGGAGCGCACAUAGACAUUGACAAACAGAAGGAUAAAACUGGAGACAGAAUCAUCACCAUAAGGGGUGGCACAGAAUCAACCAGACAGGCCACACAGUUGAUCAAUGCUCUCAUCAAGGAUCCAGACAAGGAAAUCGAUGAACUUAUUCCAAAGAACCGUUUGAAAAGCUCAACUGUAAACUCCAAGAUAGGGUCCUCGACACCUGCCGCCACCACAGCUGCUAACAGUUCUCUCGUGGGCAUCAAAGUGACCACCGUAGCCGCUUCGUCGGCAUCUCAGACGGCCUCCGCGCUCACCGUGCCUGCCAUCUCCUCAGCGUCCGCUCACAAGGGCAUCAAGAACCCCGUGAACAACGUGCGGCCCGGUUUCCAGGUCUCGCUGCCGCUGCCCAAGAAUCCAGCUCCCGUGCAGAACUCCCCCGUCGCAGUCCUCAACGUUAACCACAUCAAAAGGCCCCACAGCGUUCCUUCUUCAGUGCAGCUUCCUUCUACCUUAAGUACACAAAGUGCUUCUCAGAAUUCGGCCCACGCGGCGAACAAGCCCAUGGGGAACAACUUCAGUGCUACCCUGCCUUUCGGGCCCUUUAGUACGUUGUUCGAGAACAGCCCCACGUCUGCUCAUGCCUUCUGGGGCGGCUCCGUCGUUUCCUCGCAGACAGCACCGGAGUCCAUGCUCUCAGCUAAGUCCUCGUUUUUGCCAAAUUCAGAUCCGUUGCAUCAGUCCGACACUUCCAAAGCCCCGGGUUUUCGGCCGCCGUUACAGAGGCCAGCUCCAAGUCCCUCAGGUAUUGUCAGUAUGGAUUCUCCCUAUGCUUCUGUAACCCCUUCUUCUACACACCUGGGGAGCUUUGCCUCGAACCUGUCGGGCGGGCAGAUGUACGCGCCCGGGACACCGCUGGGCGGCGCGCCUGCAGCUGCUAAUUUCAACAGACAGCAUUUCUCCCCUCUUAGUUUAUUGCCUCCAUGUUCAUCAGCAUCAAAUGAAUCUCCUGCUCAGUCCGUGUCCUCUGGAGUACGAGCACCCUCUCCCACCCCUUCAGCAGUGUCCUUGGGAUCAGAAAAGCCCAGUAACGUUUCUCAGGACAGAAAAGUUCCUGUUCCCAUUGGGACUGAACGGUCUGCACGCAUUAGACAAACUGGAACGUCGACUCCUUCUGUAAUUGGGAGCAACUUGGCUGCUCCGGUGGGCCACAGUGGGAUCUGGUCCUUCGAAGGUAUAGGUGGCAGUCAAGACAAAGUGGACUGGUGCCACAGCGGCAUGGGCAGCCACAUGAUCCACAGGCCCAUGUCCGACCCAGGCGUCUUCUCGCACCAAGCCAUGGAGAGAGACAGCGCGGGCAUCGUAGCGCCUUCCGGUACAUUCCAUCAGCCCGUCCCCGCAGGAUACAUGGACUUCCCAAAAGUCGGGGGAAUGCCUUUUUCUGUGUAUGGGAACGCCAUAAUUCCUCCUGUAGCCCCCAUCACAGAUGGUACUGGAGGCCCCAUCUUUAACGGGCCUCAUGCUGCUGACCCAUCUUGGAACUCGCUGAUAAAGAUGGUUUCAAAUUCCACAGAAAACAAUGGGCCUCAGACGGUGUGGACUGGAACCUGGACACCUCACAUGAACAGUGUGCAUAUGAACCAACUGGGCUGAGUGGGAUCAACGUGCUGGCCUUGAGAUUCCUGGUUUUUGCAGAGGAAACCACAAUUGGCAGAAACAGUUUAUGUGCUCCCAGAUCAUUCUACUGAUGUGCUUGACUGAAGUGUGUAGGCUUUUUGCAGAAGAACUUACUAACUGACCUUUUUCUGUGAACAUUGUGACCGCCCAUUCCCCACCAUCAUAUGUUUCAACUUAGUUAGACUUUCUUCUUUCCUUUCCUCCUCUUUUUUUUUUUUUUUUUUUUGACAUAACUUUCUGUUGAAGCUGUUCUUUGGCUGGUUGGUUUUAGUACUGUAAACUGCUUCUGAGCAAACACAGAAAUUUAGCAAAAUUAUGUAAACUUGAUCCUGAAGUUUUAGAAUGGCAAAUAAAUGUACAAUUGUUUACAUAACAAAUGGCUAAGCAGAAAGUAAAUUUCAAUAUGUCAGUUAUAGAGGCUCUACUUUAUGUAGACUUAAAUUAAUGUGAGAUAUGUACCUUCAUAUUCAGAAAUCUGGAUGUUUCCUUCAUACAUUAAACUAUUAAUAAGCAUAA